AUGUUUCGCUUUAAUGUCCCUGGCAAGUGUAGUUCUUCGAUAAGUUUGGCAAUGGUCAACUUACUACUUAGCCUUAUGAUGCCACUGUAUUAUUCCGUACUGCACUUCAUACGGUAUAGAUAUGAUUCAAAGAGUAUGCUUCAGUUUUUCUUGGUAGUUUUAACUACUUUUAUAAGAUUUUCAAUGCACUUGAUAUUUUCCAUGGACUCCAAGAUAACA